UUCUUCUCCUCGUGCAAUUCGUAUCUCAUUUCCACUCGUGCCAUUUUCGCUCCCAAGUCCCAAACCACGGCGACCCGCCGCCAUCCAUCCCCCUAAACCCCUAGCUAGGGUUUCCAACCACCAUGGCGACCACGCCGGCGGCAGCGGCAGCGGCGGCGGCGGCGGGGGGCGCGGCGAUCCUCGACACUCUCGGGGACUUCACCUCGCGGGAGAACUGGGACAAGUUCUUCGCGCUCCGCGGCACCGGCGACAGCUUCGAGUGGUACGCGGAGUGGGACGACCUCCGCGCCCCGCUCCUCUCCCUCCUCCAUGGCGGCGGCGGCGCGGAGGGCGGAGGCAAGGCCCCGGAGAUCCUGGUGCCCGGGUGCGGGAGCUCGGUGCUCUCGGAGAGGCUCUACGACGCCGGGUUCCGCCGCGUCACCAACGUCGACUUCUCCCGCGUCCUCGUCGCCGACAUGCUCCGCCGCCACGCCCGCGCGCGCCCGGAGAUGCGCUGGCGCGUCAUGGACAUGACCGACAUGCAGUUCACAGAUGGAUCAUUUGAUGUCAUACUUGAUAAGGGUGGACUGGAUGCUCUUAUGGAGCCAGAGGCUGGCACAAAACUAGGGAUGAAAUAUCUAAAUGAGGCAAAGAGAGUUUUGAAAUCAGGAGGGAAAUUUGCUUGCCUUACCCUUGCAGAAUCCCAUGUCCUAGCUCUGCUUUUGUCUGAGUUCAGGUUUGGAUGGGAUAUGAGCAUUCAAGCUAUAGGUAAUGAAUCCUCUAAGUCUGCCUUCCAGACUUUCAUGGUGGUCAUGGUAAAAGGAAAGAUGGGUGUAGUACACCCAAUACAAUCACUAUUAGACCAAUCUGGUAAAUUCUGUAACAUGAAACAGGCAAAUGAUGUGAUUCAUUCUCUUGAGAAGGAAAACACCAUCCGGGAGUCAUACAGUUCUGGUGUUGAUAUUACUUUGUCAUUACGCGAUCUUCAGUUAGGAGCUGUAGGAGAUCUGAAGGUGAUUAUCCCAGGACGACGAAGGAUGUUCAUUCUUGGUGAUCAGGGAAAUUCACUUUAUUGCUAUAAGGCUGUUCUCUUGGAUGCCAGAAAGCGAACUGAGACCUUUGUAUAUCAUUGUGGAGUUUUUAUUGUGCCUAAGGUUCGAGCACAUGAAUGGCUUUUUGCUUCAGAAGAAGGACAGUGGCAUGUUGUUGAAAGUGCAAAGGCUGCUCGUCUAAUUAUGGUAUUCUUGGAUAGCAGACAUGCAAAUGCUGACAUGGAUGUUAUCAAGAAUGAUUUAUCUCCCCUUGUUAAGGAUCUGGAACCUGGAAAUCCUGAAGAGGAAGCUCGUAUACCGUUCAUGAUGGCUGGUGAUGGUGUGAAGCAACGAGAGAUUCUGCAAGAGGUAACUUCAGAAAUAACUGGUCCUAUGGUUGUGGAAGAUGUUGUUUAUGAAAAUAAUGAUGAAGACCAAAGUUCUAUGACUGAAAAGAUGUUCCGGCGCCUUAUAUUUAAAAGAAAUUCUGGCUUAGUGCAAUCUGAAGCAUUGCUUGUCAAAGAUUCCACCAGUGACAAGGCAGAUGAAAACAACAAAAAAUCACCUUCAGCAUCCAAAAAAAGGAGGAACCAGAAAAAAGGUCCCUCAGGAUCCAAGACCGUUCUGAGGAUUGAUCAUAGCUACCUUGGUAGCUCUUAUCACAGCAGUAUCAUAUCUGGCUUUUCUUUAAUUGCAUCUGCUCUGGAUUCUGCUGCAGUAGCUGGAACAAAAGUUAGCACAACCGUCAUAGGGCUUGGAGCAGGGACUUUACCAAUGUUUCUUCGUGGAUGUCUCCCUUUCCUAGAUAUUAAGGUUGUGGAGUUAGAUCCCUUGGUAGAGGAGGUGGCAAACAAAUAUUUUGGCUUUUCAACAGAUGAGCAAUUGCAGGUGCAUUUGGGAGAUGGAAUCAAAUUCAUAGAUGAUAUUGCUGUUGCAAACAGUAGGGCUACCACCCAGCAGCUCAUGUCUACUGGCAAUGAGAACAAUGCAGUUAAAAUUCUUAUUGUUGAUGUUGAUUCAUCUGACGUGAGCUCUGGGUUGUCUUGCCCUCAUGCAAACUUUGUUGAGGAUUCUUUUCUUCUGGCGGUGAAAAAGUUCCUUGAUGAAGGUGGUCUGUUUAUCAUCAAUUUAGUCUCGCGAUCAUCCGCAGUCAGGGAAAUGGUUGUUUCACGACUGAAAGCAGCCUUUGAGCACCUAUAUUCACUACAUCUCGAAGAAGAUUUAAAUGAAGUUUUAUUUGCAACCCCAAGUGAAAGAUGCCUGGAUAACAACAAUAUGGAUGAGGCUGUGGCCAAACUGAAGGCCAUGCUGAAAUUCCCAGUGAAUGUAGAAUCAGAUAUGAAGAAGUUGCAGAAGCUGCAGUAGUCGGCUCAGCUGCAGCGAAAUGCCAUUCAUUUUGUCCUCAGCGAACUCAGGAAAAUGCUGGUGUAACUUCCUUCAACUAUAGGACCAAAUUACCUGUACCAAAGGCAUAGGUACACCUUCCUUCGUGUUGUAUUGCCAAAUUUUGUUCUUGUCAAACCGUGCCGCGAUCUGUAUAGAGCUACAAUAGGCGAGAAGAUGUCUGUCAGUUUUGGUCUCCAUUGCUGAGAGCCUUUCUAAAUCAUUGACAGUGUACGUUAUAGAAGUGACUCCCAAAAGUUGGCCAGUGCAUAGAAUUGCAUUGCAGCUUCUGAGCCGUCAGUAGGUUGGCAGACCUGACCGUAACAUGUUUACUACACAAUUGCUACUGCUGGAUACGCAUGUGAUUUUCAUUGUUUACAAUGGUCUUGGUAGUAGCUGGAGAUUGUGAACAGUUGACUAGUUGAGUAUGAGUUCAUCUUGCUUGGCUAAAAUUGAGCAUGAGGGCUGACUUUCAGUCA